UCAUACACUUGCAGUGCUUAUAUUUUGUAUUUUUUGUUUGGAAAAUACAGAAGUGAAAGAGUCGGUAAAAAUACGAAAAUGAAGUCGUCUCAAUUGUUGACGACAAUUGUUUUUCUUUCGGUGCUCAUUGAAAUGGAAUUACAAAAAGAAAUUCCUGCUUGUGGUCUUCUUGGGCCAAAUGUAUUACCUACUAUGAUAAACUCUUAUCCUACUCACCGGUGGGCGUGGCACGCUGCUAUCUACCAUAUUAUUGAUGGAGAGAAGAAAUACUAUUGUGGAGGAACGGUGAUAACUUCGGGUUCGAUUCUUACGGCAGCUCAUUGUGUUUCUAAAUCUGGUUAUCCAAUGAAAGAGACUCAAAUUAUAGUGUCUUUGGGAAGAUUGACCUUAAGUGCAAAUGACAGCCAUGCGCAAGAGUUUGAAGUCAAAAAAAUCUUUGUUCACCCAGACUUCAUAUAUUACACUUUAAUAAACGAUAUCGCGAUCCUCCGACUCUCUAAACGCAUUAAAUUCAAUAAUUACGUGCAACCAGUAUGCCUGUGGAAGUCGAACAUGUCAGAAGUUAUUGGCAAAUUCGGGACGGUGAUUGGAUGGGGUGAAACAGAAACAGAUAAACAAUCGAUAGAACUUCGACAAGCUUCCCUUCCAGUGCUACCAUGGACAACAUGUCUUGAAAACAAGGCAUCAGAACAUUAA